GUCAGCGGAGCGCUGCAGGUUGCUCGCCGCGGCUGCAGAUGAGCGGAGCGAGCGCGCGGGCGGGGGGGCGGCGGCCGGGGCAGCGCGGCCGGGGCCGGGGCGGCGGCGGCCGGCGCGCUAUGCGCCGCUAGGAGGAUGGCGGUGGAAGCUAUCCAUUGCAAUCUGAAUCCAAAUGGUAUUGAUCAUCCUGUCCCCACAGAAGGUAUUAACCUGCAACUUGAAGGUGAAGGAGUUGAAUCACCCACUGUUAAGAACACUUGUACGCCGAAAGGGCCUGAGUCGAAAGAGACACCCAAGAGACAAGUGGAGCCAGAAAUAUCUAAGUCUGGCACUGUGAAGCUGACCAAGCCAGUAGCUUUGUGGAGCCAGCAGGAUGUUUGCAAGUGGUUGAAGAAACAUUGCCCAAAUCAGUAUCAAAUCUACAGUGAGUCAUUCAAACAGCAUGACAUAACUGGCCGUGCUUUGCUGAGGCUCACUGACAAAAAGCUUGAACGAAUGGGCAUUGCCCAGGAAAGCCUGAGACAGCAUAUUCUGCAGCAAGUCCUUCAGCUGAAGGUGAGAGAAGAAGUCCGAAACCUCCAGUUGCUUACACAAGCCCCAGCAGAGAGCUCUCCAUAAACAUUGCCAGCCUCUAAAGCUGCUGUCCUGCCACUUGAUAUGAAAGUGAACUUUUCUUCCUAAGAAAAACCAUAAUAAACGGCACUGCCAGAAGGUGACCAUGGAGGACUGAAGACAAGCUUGAAGUAAAAUCAUCCUGCUCAAGAUGAUGCAUUCUGGGAAGAUCUGGUUUGCGGUGGAUUAAAAAUGUGGUGCAUAAUAUCCAGUGCUAGUUUGUUUGAAAUGGUCAUUGACAGACCUUUAGCUGGAAAAUUUCUUCCAGUUUUCAUCACUGUGCAUAACUUUUGAGUUCCCUUUAGGGGACAGUCUGUGCCCUUCACUAGGAGUCCUGUUUUAGCAUGGCAACUACUGGAUUCUUUUGUUAUGUAUGCAGAUGGCAUGAUGUUUUAGGAAAAACUUGCAGCAAUUCUCCAAUCUCAGUGGAUAUGUUCACAAUAUUACACCCCUGAUAGGAAUGUAAACAUGUCUUGUAUAUGUUAGUUUUGCAGUCUAAUGGUAUUCUGUUGAACAAUAUCAGCACUUCGUAUGUGCUUUCUGCACAGAAAAACUAGCACAGUCCAUAUAUAUAUAAAUGUCUUUUUUUUAAUACAGAGGAUAUGUUUCAGUAUUUGUGCUGAGACUGCAUCCAAACUGAAGUCCACUACUUGCAUACCUUCACUAAUUCACAGUAGAUUGUGUAGAUAGAUUUGCACGUGGCAAAUGUGUGACUUACUUUAUUGAGACUUAGAACAGCUGUCACAGAGGUAGCCAAGAACAGGGUAAGUUGAACGAGCCGUAGGAAACUGUCUGUUCACCCUCUUAUCUGCCAAAAAUCAAAGGUUCUCAUUUCCAGGGUGCCAAAGCAGUUUUCUUACUCAAUGAGGGAGAAGAAAGGGAGAGCACCUUUCUAAGAGAUGUUUGACCCUGGGUUUGGUCUACAAUAAAAACAGAAUAAACUGGAAGAAUGCAGGUUUUUUAUGCUGGUUACCAUUUAUGUUUUGGGCAGGAUUGGGGAAUCGUAGUCCAAACCAGAACUCUCUGAAUCGAGUAUAGUGUAAGACUGUAUACUUCUAAGGAGCAAGACUCUCUCUCUGGAGAGGGCAGACUUCAUUAACUUUUUUCCACUUUCUACCCAAAACAGUAUUUUGGUAGGAACUUGGAAUAAGCAAAUGGUUUUAAUAAGCCUUUCAAUAUACUGUAGCAGGCUCAAGACUGUUGCAUUCAACCUGACCGUUGUUUUUUGUUCAGUCUCUGGCUGUAUCACAGCUGGCUGUGGUACCAUUUUAUCCAUGGGGACUUAGUGGAAUUAGUGUCUGUCCCUCCCAUCAGGACCUUCUUGACACACUCUUUCUAAUGAACUGAUGUCAUCAGCAUACUGAGGGGACUUAACUGUUUGUUCCUUUUCUCUUUAAAAUCAAAGGUAGCUUUUGGGGUAUUUAAACACCAUCAUUCUCGCCAACCAGAUGGAUAGGUGCUAUAGAGUUGCUGUUAGUGUAACUGUGAGUGAGACUCUGCGCUGGUGUGAAGAUGCAGUGAUGGAGAGAAGGUGCAAGUGUGUCAAGUCAAAGGAAUAUCUUAGCGCAGGUUCCUGCUUAAAAACUAUUGUACAGUUCAUUGCUAGGGAAUGCAAGGUCAACCAAUGAGGGUCCCUGUACAUCCAACAUACAUAUAUGGUUAGGGGCUGUUUUUUUCAGAUGGGUAUGGUCUUACAUUACAGCUCUCCACCCACCUCAGAUUCAGCAUGUUGGAUACUUCUAUGCUAUUCAGUCUAGAAACAAAUUAUUUUUAUUGAUGGCCAAGAUUUUUAGAAGUGGCUAGUGAGUUCUGAUAGUUUGGGUCUUUCUGUGGGUUUUCAAAUGGAGCUGCCAAAAAUUUUGAGGCAGUAAGCAUGUAUAUUCUCUUUCUGAAAAUCCUGGUCCCUGAUUUUAAAUUAACUGGUUUAAAAAAUCUCCUUAAAACAUAGGAAUCUUUGCCAGCUGCAACAUACACAUUUUUUUUAGAGCUUUUGUUAGCAUCGCAAGUUGGAAUCUGAUACUUAUUAAAUGGACUGGCCAUGCGCAUUGCUGAAUUCCAUUCUAAGCUCCAGGAAAUUUUAUAGCUCUUUCUGUUAUAGAUUUUAAAAAUGUACUCUGGCAACUGACAUCAAUUUCAUUUUGGUAGGGCGAUUUAACAGAAAGUUUGAUACCAGUUAUUUUAGAAAGAAGGAGAAUGCUAUACUUCUGCAGUAGGGAUUCUCUUAUUUUACUACCUAAUGAAAAAUUCUGGAACAAUAUGAAUGAUAAGAGUUUAUCGGAGAGUGUGGUGUGUAAGAGAAACUGCUGGGUUAGGGGAAGAGCCACUAGAAGCAUUUUGUGUAUCAAUGUUAGUUUUGAACAUCUUCCAGUAUAUGGGCAUGAAUUUAGGUGUGUGAACUUCUCCUGUUAAAACAGUUUGUUUUAAAAGCUUCCCAGGAUUUUAGCUAUGGUAAUCUAGAAAAGCAGUGUUAUAGGCCCUGAGAAAUGUGAAAAUAAAGUCCGGAUCCUUGUCUAGCCAAACGCAGUGAGAAUCCUGCUGUAGGUUUCUAUCAGACCAGUCUUGUUGGAAGCUGUUGUAGGCCUCCAGCUGCCAGACAGCCUACACAUAUGAAUAACUUAAUGCAUAAGCAAGAACCGUUCCACUGAGCCCAGUGACACUACUCACAUGUGUACCUGUCUGCAGGAGCCAUAAUGAAAUAACUGUACUUUUGGCUUGUAUUUAUUCAUCAUGUUUGGAUUUUUUAAUCACUGUUAUGCUCCCAAAGUAGGCCAUGCUUCCUCAGGGAUAUUUAUGAAAUUGUUCUACAUCUAUUGAACAACUGUCUGGAUCCCAGCAUAUUCUUCUGAAAACUUUGUAAUAUAAAUAAACAUGUGGGAGAGAUUUUUGUUAUUAUGAAUGGGGGCAGGUACUGUCUUCUCGGAAAGGCUAUUGAGUGCAGACAAUCAAGUCUACUGCAUUUUUUAUGCUGAACACCUUAUUAAUAGCAGACACAUCCGCUUUUGCCUGGGUCGCAAGAACAGUUCUAUGGAAAGAAUGCUUUAUCUCUAGUCAAUAAAUCAUUUAUGUCGAGAGUGCCAAAGACCAAGUCAACAUGAAAGGGAACGAAUAAGUUAUUCCGGCAAAGGAAGUGAAUUUAAAUAUGCUCAGAGCCAUUAGUUCUGUGCAAAAGAGUAGAAGGCUAAUGCUAUUUUAAUAAAACAGCAAUUAUCAGCCCUGUGGAGGGAGAUGUAUUCGCAAAGGCCGGUACUACCAUUACAUUGAUCACUAGUUGUCAUCUCUGAAAUACAGGUAAAGUGAAAUAGUGUCGCAGUCAAGACGCUGUUCUCAGUGUGCAGCCCUGCAGCCUCCCUCCCGUGAGUGGGCCCUCGCCUGCUGCCGCUGCUUACCUGGUUUCUUUGUAUGGAGAAAGGUGGCAGGGUCAGGCCCGCUCGGAAACACGGAGUCUCAGCUGUCCUAAGUGCUCCAAAUUGCCAGAGUCUAACACCAGAGAGCUGAAGGGAUUGCUAGCCCCAGAAAAUAUACUGCAGCUGAAAACAUCUUUUGCACUGUUUUAUUCCCUUUUUUUUUCCCCAUCUGUGGGGCUUUCUUUGCCUGAAGCCCCCUGAUUUACUCUGUUAAGGACAAUAAAGCCUUCUUGGAGGGGAGUUUGCAGAGCUCUGCUGGCUGUUUGGUUUCGCCCGUCUGUUUGCAUGCAGUGCUCCAGCAGUGGGCUCAGUCCUCGCUGCCUGUUUCUUGCAGUAAAUGUUACUUGACAACUAGACUGAAAGCAGCUGCAGUGCCGUUAAGGAAAUCCAAACCAUUAAAAAUGACCAAAUUCUUUUUUUGUUUAGUUCAUAAUUUUCGGAAGACCCUAGGCCAGACCGCCAGCAGAUGCAAAUUGGCACCAAUCCAUCAAAGUCACUGGAGGUUUGUGGAUUGAUGCCAGCCAUGGAGCCAGUCCUAGGGUGACUUUUUUGUUAUAACUUCAGCUAACCUCCUCAAGCCCCCACAAAACCACAGGAUCUCAAUUAUUCAAAACUGUCUCAGGCAAGCAAGUAAAAUCCUGCAUUUUUCACCUCAAUCCUCUUCUAACAAAUAACAUCUUUGCAACCAGAGUCUCCUUGAAAGCCCCUGCUACAAGACUGUGGUAUAAUUGACCCUGGUAUAUAUAGACUGUGGUCAAUAAGAUUUUAAUUUAAAAAGAAGUAGUCCUUUGGUAUAAUUAAAAUUGAUGGGGGAAAAGUACUACUAACAUUACCUGCAACUCCCUACAGUGAAAUUCAGGAAAGCUAGCUGGAGUGCAAAAAAAACCCACUAACACAAUGUAUAGGUGAUUAGGCAGCAAUUAAGGAACACAGAUGUUUGAUGAGGGAAGCUAAAGAAAUGUGUGGAAAUUCAGUGGCCAGUAGGUUGUGGCUAGUAAUUCUUUAAAUAUAUCCUAAUAAAUACAGUCUAGGCAGAGCUAAGUCUGAUGUUAGACAGGCAUAGCACAAUAAUUACUCAUAGUGCAUGAAAAAGAGGAGUAAUCAACAAAUAUUCUUGUUUUGUAUUUGAAAGCAGUACCACGAGGGAGUCAGAUUGCACAUUAAAAUGUAAUUCCUCCUACUCCAUCGGUAAUUAUGGGUAAUAUUAAAAAGCAACUAUCCAAACAUUUUUUUUUUAAUUUGCAAAGCCAGAUAACUGACUCCAAGAGCAUAGGAAAACUUGCCUAGGUUUUCUCAGAACUGGGAGACAUAAAAGAAGCUUCGAAUGACAAAAAAUGCCAAUAACUGAAAAGAAUGGGUGACCUGACCCAGAAAAGUGUAGGCUCAUUAGCUUCCUAUCAAUCUUAGGCAAAAUCAUGGAAAGGUUGAUAGGACACAAUCGUUAAAGCAAUUAAAAAUUGAUAGAACCCUCCAAAUGAUUUUUAUAGGAAUGUGGUAUGUCAAAAAACUUGCUAUCAUUUUUGGGGGAUAUCAAAGGUUUGUUGAUAAAAGAAGCUCUGCUGACAUACUAUACUUAGUCUUCUAUUCAUCAUUUGAUCCUGAUAAAGCAGAAAAUAGCGCUAUGCAAAAUCAAUAGAGCCCAUACUAAGUAGCUUAGAACUGAAUACAUGCUAUAUCACAAAAAAUAGCUGUAAUUACAAAAUUAUCAUCAGUGAGAAUAUUUCUAAUGAGCUCCUCCCAAGGUAUGGUCUGUUUUCAAUACUCCUCCCAGGGAAAUGCAAACUUAUUGUUGGCAACAUCCAGAGAUUACAAAAAUCGGUGUUUGGUUAAAUAAUGAUGCGGAGCAGGUCACUCAUACAGACUAAGCUGGAGUAUUACAGAUGCCGAAAUCCAAGGGAGAAGAACGCAAGUCACACUUAGAAGAUCCAGGAGGAUGUCUAGCAUAUGGUGACUACGAAGGUCUGUGGUUCUGAUAAAUAAUCCACGCGUCAUCAACCCUGAUGGUGCUCUUGCCAGCUGGGAAAAUGUAGUCUUCAAGGAGGCCAGGCAGCAGCAUUUGGGAAGAUAUUUAGUACGCAGCAGUGGUGACACUGUUACAGCGCCCAUGUGUGCAGGUCAGGUGCCCAUGUUUCAAAAGAAUCAUGAGAAAUUGGGGAGAUCAUUUUUUCAAAAGCUACCCAUUGAUUCAAGGGCAGGAAAAGAGUUGAUAUUCUAGUGCCAGACGAAUAAAGCUCAAGCUGUUAAUUAACAGAGAAUUUGAAGAGGUGACUUGAGCUCAGUCUGCAAUCACAAUCUUUUACCUGUACAGUGAAGAGGUGUCUGCAAACAGGUCACUCUUUUACAUAGAAGAAAAGGGAAUGACGAGCUGUACUGGUUGGAAACUGAUUUCGGACUAGAAAUUAAGUGCAAAUGUUCAACAGAGAGGAUGAUUACACGUGGAGACAACUUAGUUACCUGGCCUGUUCUCCAUCACAUAAAGUUUCUAAAUGUAGGCAGAAUAUUUUUCUAAGUCAAUGACCUCUACCUCAAGCAGAAAUUUGGGCUUGUUGCAGCAAUGACUGAAUGAGGUUCUUAGAUAUGUGUUGUGCAAGAGAAUAGACUAGAUGAUCAGAAGUAAAAUUCUGGAAUUAAAAUCUCUUGAAGUUUCCAAUAUGACAGGAAGGAAGGCCAACCUAUAUCCAUUUUUUCACACAAAAUUGUCUUAAUUUAAGUGGAGAGCUUAUACAGAACUGUACUACAAGCAUUUGAUACAAACUUGAGUGGGUCUGCUCACAGUUGCAAGGUUUUUCUGCAUGUGAUUAAAGGGAGCAGAACUUGACAAGGAAGGACAAGAAAAGCCCUUGGACAUAUAGAAUAAGUCUGUUGUCUUCCAUAAUGGCUUGGGACAAAAUCAUGCACUCAGAUGAUAAGGUCAAGUGAGAAUUUAGUCUGAGCAAGGAAUAAGAAUGCUUGGUUUGCAUCUUAAUUAAGGAGGAAGCAUUUUGCAAGCAAGAAACAGGAUUUCCCUAUGUUCAAGAACUGACAGAGAAACUGCAGUGCUGCUUGAGAAUUAUAUUCUCUUGCUUUGCAGCUGAACAAGGUACACAAGCUCCUUGCUUCAAAGACAGAAAAGUGUUCCUGCUUGCAUGACGAGCCCCACUGGAGCUGGCUAAUGAAGCCCUUGAAGGGAAUGACUUCUGUGGGACUGACAGAGCAAUAAGUGCUGUUCCCAGCCAUGAGUUUUUGCCCUGUUACAGUUGGCUGGUUUGAAUGUUGUACUUCAGAAAUAAGCAAAGGAGGGCUCAAUUUCUCAUGCAGGUUUCCCAAGGCUACAGUUGAUAGGUGCAAGGCAAGUACCAACCACCUUUCAUGAUUCAUCACUGUGCUGUGGAAAGCAGAAUACAAAAUAGGAUGUUUGUUUUAAAGAGUAAACAGUACAUCCAUGCAACAGAAACUAUAAAAGCAACACUCACUGCAAAUUGGUAUUGAAUCAAUAUCAAAAAGCUGAAAGAAGAAGGGAGCUAGCUACAAACAUAACUAAAAAGAUAAAGAUUUUCUUGGAUUCUUGCUCUAAUCCAGUGUGAAAUCCUAAGAAAAUGAGUCUGGCUGAGAUUUAUUGUUUAAAGAACAUUGGUACAUACUAGAUGCCUGUCAAAUAAAUUCUGUGCAGUCACUAGUUUAUGUUCAUGAUAGCUUACAAAUAGCCUCCCUAUUCUGAAACACCUUGCAGCCGUGAAGGAGUGCUGGCCUUGAAGGCAUGCCUGCAGUCACGGGGCGGCCAGAGAAAGCAGCUGAUCUUGCACAUGACUGUAUAAUGUCUACUUCUUCCAUAAAAGUAGGAUUUCAAGCAUUACUGUAACACAUUCAGGCUUAGUCUGAGAAUGAGAUGAAAAGCUCCUUUCUGAUUUUAAUUCCAAAUACAUCUAAAUACGUUUUUCAGAAAAAUAUCCUCUGUAGCUAUUGUUACAUCUCUAAUCAUAUUACUUCUAUUAAGUACUUGCCUUGAAUCCAUCUAUUUAAUAUCAUAAAUCACCAAAUUAAAUACGGAUACACAGUUUGGGGUUUUUUUAAACAGGGAGAUCAAUAUUGCAGCAAAACUGCAUGUAAGCAAUAAAAAGUUGUGCAGAGGAAAAAAAAUCAAUCUAUCUGCCCCAUCAGAUGCUAUGGGGAUUUGUUUGUUUGUUUGUUUUGUUUUCUGAGAGCAUGGUUUUACAUCUAGAUAGAUGUUUUCCCUACUGAGCCAGGUUCUGGUCUCGAGACUAGUCCAAACAGAGAAAUGUUUGGAGUCCUCUUACCCUUUCAUUUUCAUUUCUCGUAUGCAAGAGGCUCUUUCUCUGUGUUUUUAUUCUGAGAAAGGUAGAAAAGAGAUUACGUUGCUUCCACUGCAAUUGAGAAGUCACAGAAGUAUAUCAUCUUCCAAACUAUGCAAAACAUCUCAGCAUGAGACGUAUAUCUCAUCCUUUUCCCAAUGAGUUCAACUCCACAGACCAAGAUAAGCAAAAGUUCUGGGCCGUGCUGAGCUAAGGUGCAAGCUAAGACCCGAGUCCUGUACGAUGCUGACGGCUCUCCUGCAUGCGUUGCAGGAGACAAGGGCAAGUGAUCUUGCGUCCUCAGCCCUUGCAUUUCAGGGCACCUGCUUGACUGAGGCUCUCGAAGGCAUGAUGCAGACACACUCGGGGCCGUCAGGAGCUGUGCUGCUUCCCGGUGUUUGGUUAUUGCUGUCUCUUGGGCUUCUCCCAAAAUAAAGGUGAACUGCAUGGGGCAAUGAUCUGAAAAUGUGAAUGACCAGCAUUUCUCCAAAGAUGAUGCACAAUCUGAGAAGACUCCCUUAUUCUGUAUUAAGCUACUAAAAUAAUUAGCAAGUAUAACAGGUAUAUUUUUAACUUUUUCACAGUUAUUGCAGAAUCUAAAAAUGACAAACCAUACCAGCAGCUUUCAGAUGCCCAGCCAGCUCCCACCGCGCUGCCAGUACAGGGACAGGUGUUGAUUUUGGACAUGCUUUGCUUUAUCUUCAAUGUCUUUUAGAGACUGUAGAUAUAGGGACCCGUAUUAAAAACCUGGCUCACAAUUAUUAUCUCUUUUUCACAAAUAACUCUGAAUACAGCUAUCUUCAAAAAAAAAGAUGAGAGUGUAUACCUGUCUGACUAUGCCAUCAGUCUUAAGCCAGCAAAGGGCCUCUAAAUAAGGGUUCCUCCAACUUUGGGAGCCAAAUCUGGGUUUGACUGAACCUGACCUUAAGAAAAGCAGAUAAUUUACAGCUGGAAUUUAAGCCACCUCUGAGCUAUCUCCAAAGGUUGUCCCAAAUUAAUGGCCCAUAUACAGAAUUAGACUAUUGGCUGCACUUAAGAUUGUUGACACGAGCAGUUGUUCAUGUAUGCAAAUUACAGGAACAGAAAGGUAGCCCAGGAUUGAGUUCCCGGGAAAAUCUGGUUGCCUGAUUCAAGUUAACUGUUAAGGAGCCUGAUGCAGAAGUUAGGGAGAGCAAUUCCCUGGCCUGCAGUAUGUAGGAGGCCAUGUUAUAUGAUCAGAAAGGUCUCUUGUAUGUUCAGAAAUUGUGACUAGUGUUGCUGCCUUUGGUUCAGUUCUUGUUUGCAUUCACUAAGGAAAUCAUCUAAGUCUGUAAUCUCCUUUUAAUGUUAACUUGGUUGAAAAUCUGGGAUAUGCCAGCACUCGAAUUGUUAAAAAGUGACUCACUGUUGUUCCCAGUAUAUCUGUGACUGAACUUUUUUAAGACAGAGCCAAAUGAGGUGGCAUAACAAAAAAGUGUGCCUUUUUGUUUGAUGUACGCUGUAUUUCCCCAGGCAUCCAAGGUGUUCAUCUGCACAGCAGUUCUUUUUUUCCCAGAAUACAGAAAUUAUCACGCAAUCUAAUUUUCUGUGUACUAAGUGGCCAUCACUGUUAAUUCCACCCUACAGUUUUUAUAGUUACUCUUUAAUUCCUUCUGUUUUCAAAAAUCAACAAAAAAUAAAACCAGGGUGGGAGGGAGGAAUUCUUUUAAACAAUGAGAUAAAAAUCAAUAUCAAGUUUUUGGUAUCUUUGGGCAUGAUCUCUGGAAGCUUUGGAUAUCUGCUUUAUCAUUUUGUAUAUUUGACAAUUUUGUACUCUGCAUUGUUUGACUUCAUUUGUGCAUGGCGAUGUAUUAAAACAUGGAAUUUUUAUUAUACAGUAAAA